GUGGAUUGUUAAAGUACUGUUUCUUUUUUAAACCUGCAUCUCAUUCGAGUUCCGUUCUGGGUCUGCAUAUUUUUUGUGACCUGUUGCAGGUGAUCUACUUCGUGUUUCCAAGACAUCAUCAUCGUCAUCCUCGACCGAAAAAAUGGCUCCCGUUGCUUUCAGCUACUAUGCCCAGGCUCAGUCCAACUUCAAGCCGCCGCUGAUCGCUAACAACAAUGCUUUCCUGGGCGAUGUUUUCUCGAGCGAGAAGGAGAACCCCGACAAGCCCAUGUCAGCCGGCCUGUACCGACUCGAGAAGGGCGAACCUCUCGUCUACGAGUACACUUACGAUGAGCUGAAGAUCAUCCUCGAGGGCGAAUACAACAUCUCGGACGAGACCGGCCAGACGGUCAAGGCUAAGCCCGGAGACGUCUUCUACUUCCCCAAGGGCACCAAGAUCACUUUCACUACCGAGACUUACGGCUUGUCGUUCUACUGCGGCCAGCGCAAGAAGGAUGCUGCUUAAACGCGCCAAGGGAACUUGUGGAACCGAAUAAUGGCGGAUGGAUCCGGAAGAACAUCGAUAUUCCGGUCGGUUGGGAUGCCCCCGUUGCAAAGCCCAACGCGGAUACUGGGGGACAUCACUGAGGUGACGGGGAAAAAACAACUGUUUAUUAUCAUCUUGUCGACUGAAUCCUGAGAAUGACGUAUCAGGUAUUUUGUAGCUUGGCAGGAACUCUGCUAGCGGCUGAGGGGAACCACCAGCCCUUGCGGAAAUCACAUCAAUAAAACCAUGGUUCAUUUUUUGUCUCGCGGGCCGCUCGCUACCACUAACCAAGAAUGAGCCGCUGGCCUAGAGUAUACCACUCUAGAAGGCGGAAUGUUGGUUCAUGGCUGAGCUAUCAUUAUUAUUAUUGUUGUUGUUGUUGUUGUCCU